AUGGAAGAGGGACAUCGACAUCAUCAACGAGACCGUGUAAACGACGAGGACGACGAUGAACGCGAGGAAGAAGAAGAAGAGAGGACAGGAGGGAGAGGGAGGAGUAAGUUUAAUCUCUUUGCGUUCGAUCGCGGAGGAGAAGAGGAGAAAAAUGAAAUCACCGCCCAAAACGCAGACUUGGUCAAUCGAGUUGCGUUGGUCACCGGGUGCACCUCGGGGAUUGGAAAACAGGUGGUUUUGGAUUUAGCGUUAGCCGGGGCGAAAGUCGUGUUUGGAUGCCGAAAUUUGAAGAAAGCGGGAGAGGUGAAACGGGAGAUGAUGGAGAAGUUUCCGCACUUAGAUUUGGUGGUGAUGGAGGGAGUGGCGUUGGAUGUAUCGAGCGGAGAAUCCAUCGCGAAGUUUGCGCAACGUUUUAACGAGACGAUUGGCGAGUUGGACGUGUUGGUGAAUAACGCCGGCGUGGCCUCGGAGAAAGGGUACGAGAGAGAAACUGGUGUGAGUAAAUUAGUGUGGACGAACUUUUUGGGGCCGGCGGUGUUGAUGCUGUCGUUGAACGAGAGUUUCCAACGCGCGAUUGGUCGGCGGCAGUUUGCGAAUUGCGUCUUCGUCGCUUCGGUGUGUCAUCGCUUCGGGAAGAUCGAAGGCGCGGAUAUGUGCAACAAGUUUUUAUACAACGAGAAGUUCGGGUCGUAUUCGGAUACAAAGCUGGCGUGCGUGGCGUUUGCAAACGAGGUGGAGUAUCGAUGGGGGGCGAGAGGAGUGCGGUGUUCUAGCGUGGAUCCCGGCGCGGUGAGAACGCCUAUUUUCAGCAGCGUGAGGUUGUUGCGGUUUUUACCGUUGGCGUGUUUGAGGAGGAUGUGUUACGCGCCCGCUGAGGAUGGCGCGAGAGCGGUGACGAUAGCAGCUUUAAAUCCGUUUGCGCCUCAGAACGCGAGUUUGAACGCGACGCCGCAGAUGCGAAGGAUGGAUCAAGGAGCGAGGCAUUUCAGUCGAGGGUUGUUCGCCGGUAGGUUCGUGCAGAAGUACGGACCGGGGAAAUUCCCGUCGUCGGUUGAGGUACGUAACAGUGAUGGUGAUGACAGCACGCCGCAAUCCCUGGAUGCCUUUUUUCUCAAUCUGCGAAGAUUUCGUUGGCACGUGCACGCGUUUUUUUUCGCGAUUGGCGUCAUUGCGAUUUCCUUAGUCGAUUGGCCGUUGCGUAAAUUUUUCAAAGGACAAAAAUUUGACGGCACGAAAGUGGUCGAGUCCUCCGAAGCAUCUUACGAUCCGGUUUUAGGCACGGAACUGUGGGAAAUCGCGAAAGAAUUUAGCGGCGUCGUUGAGCCGGCAUAUGGCGAACGGUUCACCUCCAACGAUAUGUUCUCCGAGGAAUUUCUCGAACAGUUGUUUCCGAACGAGUUGAGCAUGGAAGAACAUUUGAAAAUUAUGGAGGAAACGGCGACGAAUCUCGGGAUUGAAAUGAAACAUAUUGAUGCGACGAAGUUAAGGAAAAAGGACAAGGGGGAUAGCGAUGCGAACGACGGCAGCGAUAGCGAUGGUAAAUCCAUUAAAACGAAAAAGAAGAAACAUAAGCGAAGCGGGAGUUUCUUUCGGCGGUCGCAAGAGAAUUUAACGAAAAUAGACUAG